AGUUCUCGCGAUAUUAUUCUACCAAGUCCGCUUUUAAAACCCAAACAAAUGGUCUUCGGCAAGUUUUUGGAGGAAAAAAACAAAAAGGGGUAGUCAGUCCUCAUUGACUAAUUCAGCAAUUGCAUAUGGGAUUAUAGACUGCAACAUACAUAUUUUCCUUGGAAUGUAACUCGAAGAGAAUCGGAGACCAGCCUUUGCAGUUGAGGAUGCGUAGGAACAGCGAAUGAGUUUGGCACAAUGGAGUCUGUGAAAUAAUGCAGAAGUUGGCAAGUAAUGAGCGAGGAUGCUGAACCUGCUGGCAAGCCCGCUUUGUUCGGAGGAGCACAAGCCUUCUGCGCCGCUGUCAUUCCGCAGCUCGUCCCCUGCUGCUUUGUCUUUAGUUUGCCCGGUGAUCCUGACUGUGAGCAGCAUCGUGGCUCGUCCGUUCCGGACCAUCCCGACCCACAGCAGCAUCCCGCCAGCGGCAUGAGUGCGUACGGAGCGGGCGCGUCUGCGUUCGGUGCGGCCGGUGGCGGCGGCGCUGCCGAUCACUACAGGGAGCACCAGCGGCGGCGCUCCGGCGACCGCUCCCGGGACUCCUCCCACGAGCGCGGAGAGUGCCAGCUCACGCCCUGCAUCAGGAACGUCACCUCGCCGACGCGGCAGCACGACCGCGAGCGCGGCGACGGGGGCUCCUCCUCGCGGUCGUCCAGCCCCCGGCCCCCCAGGGCCCAGCUGCCCUUCUCCCCCAUCGGAGGAGCCCUGAUGGGCGUGCUGCCCCACCCCAAACCCCUGGGCGUGUCCCUCGCCCACGGGCCCUGCGACAUGAUCUACGUGUACGACGUGGGCCCCAAGGAGGGUCCGCGCGGCGUGCUGCGCGCCGGAGAGAGGGUCACGCUCAUCGUGGACAACACCCGAUUCGUGGUGGACCCCGCCAUCUUCACGGCCCAGCCCAACACCAUGCUGGGCAGGAUGUUUGGUUCUGGGCGAGAUCACAACUUCACACGACCCAAUGAGAAAGGAGAGUUUGAGGUUGCGGAUGGAAUCAGCUCCACAGUCUUCAGGGCUAUACUGGAUUACUACAAGUCUGGGAUAAUCCGCUGCCCGGAUGGCGUCUCCAUUCCCGAGCUGAGGGAGGCGUGUGACUACCUCUGCAUCUCCUUCAACUACAGCACCAUCAAGUGCAGAGACCUCAGCGCCCUGAUGCACGAGCUGUCCAACGACGGGGCGCGGCGUCAGUUCGAGUGCUACCUGGAGGAGAUGGUGCUGCCGCUGAUGGUGGCCAGCGCUCAGAGCGGCGAGCGCGAGUGUCACGUGGUGGUGCUCACGGACGACGACGUGGUGGACUGGGACGAGGAGUACCCGCCCCAGAUGGGAGAGGAGUACUCUCAGAUCAUCUACAGCACCAAGCUGUACCGCUUCUUCAAGUACAUCGAGAACCGCGAUGUGGCCAAGUCUGUGCUCAAGGACAGGGGCCUGAAGAAGAUCCGGCUGGGGAUAGAAGGCUACCCGACCUACAAGGAGAAGGUGAAGCGGCGGCCCGGGGGUCGCCCGGAGGUCAUCUACAACUACGUCCAGCGGCCCUUCAUCCGCAUGUCCUGGGAGAAGGAGGAGGGCAAGAGCCGCCACGUGGACUUCCAGUGCGUCAAGUCCAAGUCCACCACCAACCUGGCGGCCGCGGCCGCCGACAUCCCCCAGGACCAGCUGGUGGUCCUGCAGCCCUCCGGGCCCCCGGUGGACGAGCUGGACACCCUGCCGGGGCACCACCCCCCCCUGCCCCCGCCGCUGCCCCCCCCGGGCUCUGAAAGCCUCUACCUCCACCAGCGGGUGCCGGGCCACGACGCGGUCUCGGUGGGCCUCCAGCUCCCGGCCUCGCUGCUCCAACCCGCCAGCCCAGAGGGCGGAGCCGCAGCCGCCCACCCCCCGGUGCACGCUCACGACAUGGGCAGCCACCACCACCACCAGCCCCCGGCUGCAGAUGGCCCCGGCCUGCUGCCACACCCCCUGGCCAGCAGUAGCCAACAGCAGCAGCAACAACAACACAGCCCCAACCCCCCCUCUCAGUCGGCCUACCACUAUGAGCCAGACCCUGACUCUCCGUCACCCUCUGCAUGAAACGGACUACCCCCCCCAACGACCACGCCCCACCCCCAUGUCCCCCCAUUGCGCCUGGCCAUCGGCCCUUUUGCCUUCUCUUGCACACAUGCGACCUCAAAGCAGAAAGACUGUUGAGAGGAAUUAGCACUUGACACACGCCGCCGCCGACGGAUCAAAGCACAGUACGCACAUGGAAAACCCCCACCCUAUGUUUUAUUUGUGCCGACUUUUUUUACCGACCAAAGGAGAUGUUUUUGGCAGCAUUGUUUGUACGUCCACAUCGGAAGGAGAAAGUUCCUCAGAUUAGGAUUCGAUAUUACCUGGGAUAUGCGUCUGCAUGUAAGUAGUACUUCGGAAUUAGGAUGCUGUGAUACUCUGGAUAUGCGUCUGCAUGUCGGUAGAUGGGGUGGAUACGCAACACCGUACCUUACACUGAGGUGAUCACUAUGCUGUUCGACAGUUCGCUGAAUGGGAUGGUUCACUUUUCUAUUCCAAGUUUUCGACACAUGGCCACCCUUCUAGACGGCUUUGAUUGGCCUACAUCCCAGAAACUCAUGUUGGCUUGUUUUACAAAUGCUUUUUUAUGCUCACCCCAAGAGAUAAUGUAGUUAUUUAAUUCACUGAAACAUAAAUCAGCCUUAUGUUUGGGGACAUACAGACAGAUACACACAUUGUAGUAGUAAAAUGCUGUUUACACCUGGGUCACAACAAGACUACCAAUUAGUUCUCCACAGUGUCCCGUAGAACUCGGGAGCGCCUCAACAUGGUCUGACGUAUCUAGCUAGGAUAUCAACAUGUUUCAUUGUACUGACAAGCUGAGAGGGUAUUGAGUAUAAUCCCUAGUUCCUAGACAGGUAAAAAGCCAAAUUAAUGUUUGUGGUGAAAAAUUUGAAGCCAUGUGCUCAUGAAAGGAGCAAACAAUAUAGAUGUGAAUAAUUUGCUGCUAUCGUACUCAUGAAAUAAAAUUAGUGAUUCUA